AUGGCGAGCCAUAUCAAGCCACUCCUCCUGCACGCCCAUUCGUCGGGCCCGAACCCAGUCAAGGUAGCCAUGGCACUCGAGGCACUCCACGUCCCAUACGAAGUGAAGCAGUGGGAGAUGGGCGACGAUGCCGAGAAAGGCGUGAAAGGCGCUGUCUAUCUCAAGAUUAACGAGAAUGGCCGUGUCCCUGCCCUCGAAGACCCCAACACGGGUGUCGUCUCGUGGGAAUCGGGUGCUUGUAUGAACUACGUCCGCCGUGUGUAUGACAAGGGUAACACGAUCGGUCCGGCGGGCGACUCGGGACAAGAUCUGGUGGACUUUGAGAAAUGGGAGUAUUUCUUGUUGUCGACUCUUGGUCCGAUGAUGGGACAGACGAAUUGGUUCAGACACUUUAAUGCCCAGAAGAAUGAGGAUGCGCUUCAAAGAUAUACAGCUCAGAGCUAUCGUUGCUAUGGUGUUAUCGAGGGACAGUUGGCGAAGACUGGGGGCGAGAGCAUUCUCCCUGGGCGGGUUACUGCCGUGGACUAUCAUUUUGAGCCUUGGCUUCGUAUGCAUUCGUUUGCUGGGCUGUCAUUGGAUGAAUACCCUUUGAUUGCGAAGUGGCUUGGGCUUAUGGAGACCCGCGAAGAAGUACGGGAGGCAUACUUCAAGGUCCGGGGUAAGCAGUGA